AUGGAGACCGGCGGCUUUCAGAAAGCUUUCAUGCUAUGUGCUCUGGCAACACGUGCCGCCAGUGCUCUUCGUCUGCACUAUGAGCGAACGGACCUCAGUCCACUAGCCCAGGAGAUUCGCCGCCAUGUCCUAUGGUGUCUGAUGAUGGCGGAUGCGCAAGUUCCAGUAGGCUUGUCGGAGUGUGAGCUCUGCCCUCACAAGGUCAUCUAUCUCGAGUUUCCCUGUAACGAGGAAGACUUCGUGUCCGAAUCAGAAGCGCAGUCUCAGUCACUCGACGGCAUCCCUGAGGGGGAUUCCUUCGGCAGAUUGUGCAGCAGGUCGUCGUCAGGAGAGACGUCGUGA